AUGGCAGGCCGGCGUUAUGCCGAUGACGUCUCCACCUAUGACGACCGACGAUCGACCGUCUCGAGAGGCGGUCGAAGGGUGUAUGAAGAUCGCUAUGUAGAUGAGGAGAUAGACUACCGCCGGGCCUCUCCUGCACAAGGGCCCCCAGCUGUGCGAGAACGAGAAGUUGUCAUUCGGGAUGACGUCCGAGAGCGAUCUUCUAAUACCCCAGCUUUCCUACGAGAAGACUAUGGUCGAACCGCUGCUGGCCCCGUUGUCCUCAGGGCCAGAGAGAGAGAGGAUUUUGAGUUUGUCCCGCGCCCUCGUCGUCGAUCUCCUUCUCUAGAACCAGAGAGAAAGAUUGAAAAGGAAGAGAUUAUCAUCACAAGAGAUCAAUCCGAGUCCCGCCCUCCUCCUCGGCAAAGGGAAGCCGAACGUGAGGAAAUUAUAAUCCGCAGAGACGAAAGGGAGCCUGAUCGGCGGCCUCCACCACCGAGGGAACGAGAACGUGAACGUGAAGAAAUCAUCAUUCGACGGGAGGAAAAGGAUCACGAUCAUAGGCCGCCCCCUCCCCGCGAGAUCAACUCGUCCAAAGAUGAGAUUAUAAUCCGACGGGAGGAAAAGGAGAGCGACCGUCGUUCCCGUUAUGAUGACUACAGCGACACAAUCUCUCGCAGAGGUGGACCCCGGAGUGAAGUCGACCGCGACGAAAUCAUCAUACGGCGAGAAGAGGAGAAAUUGGAUCCCCGUCGGUACGACGAUUAUGCCUUGGCACGGCCAAAGUCCCAUGAGCGGGCGAGAUCUCGUGCUCGACGUUCUAGCAGUGGCUCCAACGAAGAAAUCAUCAUUAGACGUGAUGAGCUAAGGGGCCGCAGUGGUGAUAUCGACCGUCAAGAGAUCAUCAUCCGCAAGAGCUCCCGUUCACCAUCACCCUCUUCCAUCUCCUCUGCCCCUGCUCCCCGUCCCGCUCAACCUCCUGCACCACAAAUCAUCAAUGCUCCUACCAUCCACCAAGAAGUCAUCACGCAUCAUCGCCACAUUGACCACGGCUUCGAGGUGCAAUACCCCACCCGGCCAAGAGUUGUUUCUCGUCCUCCAUCCCCUCCCAGUCCUCCCUUACCUCCGCCAGCCCCCGCUCCAGCUUCCGUACGAGCUCGCUCCGAAGAACGGAUUCAGAUCAGUCGGACCCAGACCCGUAAUGGCCGCACUGAGAAUGAAGAAAUCAUCAUCGACAGGAAUGAGGCACACACACCACCACGAAGCGUGGCGCCAUAUUCCACUCCGCCCCCUCCACGGGAAGCUUAUUAUGAUCCUCCUGCCCGACGUGAUUAUCGUGGGUACGAGCGUGAUGUACAAGAAGAAGCCGAGUAUUACAAUCAACGGGCUCUUGAUAGGGCCUAUGUCGGCGAAGCUUACCAUGGAGCUACUCGCGACUGGGCACUGGUCGAUGUCCCACCUGGCACCAAUCGGGUCAGGAUGGAUGGUGCGGGCGGUGGCGCCCAGGAAAUUACAUGGCAAAGAUACAAUGGUGUCCGCCGCAGCAAGUUCUUUCCAGAUGGUGCUGAGGAAGGCUACACUGGUGAAGUCGGGAGACACACUCCCGCACCGCUACCUGCACUACUACCUGACCCGAGACAUUCCCCCGCUCCUGCAACCAACGGAGAUAUUGGGAAGAGAUAUGGUAAGGAGCGCAACCCGACAGACGGUUUGUGGACCGAGGUUACCAAAGACUUGGUUGUGAAGGAAGCCAUUCAGGAGAUGGGUUACGAGUAUGAGGAAACUGAUGAUUUCUAUUAUAUCAUUGCUUAUCUACGAUAUGAAGAUAUCUCGCGACUCGUUGGCCUCUCAGAAGACAUACGCAAGGAACGCAAAAAAAGAAUCAAGGAGAUGGAAUGGGAGAACCGAGUUCUUCCUCCACCAGUUGAGCAACGACCACUUGCCAUUGAGCCGCCACCACCUCGUCCCCGACAACAAGACUGGGCUAGAGAAGAAGAGAGAUAUAUCGAACGUGAAGUUGUCUACCGAGGAGGUCGCCCGCCUCCACCGGUCGGUUGGAGACGCUGA